GUAUGCAUUGCACAUGCCAUCGUGUCUUCCUUGCUACCCUCAUCGUGGCAGCAAAAUACCUCAAUGAUCAAUCUCCAAAGAACAAGCACUGGUCUGCACAUUCGGCCGUCUUCUCUGUCGGAGAGGUCAAUCUGAUGGAGAAGCAGUUACUCUCGCUCCUGGAUUUCGAUCUGCGUAUCACAGAGGCCGACUUGGCCUCGAGUCUCCAGGACUUCUUGGAGUUGCAGCAGGCCACCUCAUCCUCCGUAUCAGCCAAGGGCACGACCAUCCCUUCCGGUACCACAUCUACACUUGAUGCACAUGCACGCUCCCAUGGCAGUCGCUACACCUCGUCUGUGCCUGCUCCCAAGACCAACCUUGUUCCUUCGCCCAGUAGCAGCUACAUCCCUCAAACAGUGCCCGUUAACCAGCCUAGCUCUAAUAAGCGUGCUUCUGCCAGUCGAGAGGAUAGAGCGGAAAUCCGGGUCGUUGUACCGCCUCACGAUCAAUUCAAGAGACGCCCAUCCCUUCCUAACCAGCCAUGCUUGGAGGAGGGUGAGGUCAUGCCCAUGUACAAGAUCCCCAUCCGCAACAACCAAGAUCAGUACCCAUCACCCGACAGUGGUCCCGAUAGUAUGAACGAAUCCUCCGACACGGUUGCUACUGGCACGGCUGUUGCUGUUGCACCCAAAUCCCAUCUUGUACAUUUGCCAUCUGUACCUGCACCAGUAGUGAUGAGUCGGCAGCAGCUUGUCAGCAGUGGCUAUGUGAACCAAAGUGACAACAUGGUUUCCGGACAUGGUUAUAAACUUAGCCGAGCGAUGUGCUGAGUUGAGCUGAGCUGAGCUGAGAAAAAUGUUAUAUAUAUAUAUAUUCUUGUUAUUCAUUCAUCGGAAAAAAAACCGCGUUUUUUAUUUUUUUUAAAUGCCCCAUUUCCUCUUUUCGUUAACAUACACACAAC